CUGAAAAACUCUUUGUUCUGGUAAGAGACUAAAAUUGGACUGUUCAAAGUUCUAUCUUGACACCGUUCGUUUUCCGUACUAGAGGCCACAGCCGACCAUCGAUUACCCCCAAACAGAUUGCAGGUUCAAGACAAACAGGACCCACAAAUAGAUACAAUAGACCUCCAACUCGCAAUUACAUCCUCAAACCUUUGUCCGUUUACUGCAUUUUCGGACUUCAUUCAGACCUGACCUACUCUUCCUGUAUUUAAUAAUCCUAAUGCCCAUUUUACUAGUCGACUCGUACGACUCCUUUACCUUCAACUUGAAGAGCUUGAUUGAGACGGCGACCGGAGCGGCCGUCUACACGAUCCAUAACGACUCGCUCAGCGGCGAUUCGCUCAGCAACUACCUCGAACUCUUUGAUGCGGUUGUCGUCGGUCCCGGCCCUGGACACCCGGCUAACCCGGCUGACGUCGGGUGUUUGCCAGCGUUGUUCCGCAUGGCGUCGCCGGUGCCGAUCCUCGGGAUCUGUCUCGGCUUUCAGAGCUUGUGCUUGGAGAACGGGAACGUUGUCGACCAGUUGGAAGCCAUCAAGCACGGCCAAAUCUACCACGUGCACGAGUACGGGUCCGACCUGCUAUUUGCAGGGAUUGGGCCGGGCUUCAAGAGCGUACGCUACCAUUCAUUGCAUGCAAGUCUCACGAACGACUCGAUUAUCCCCCUCGCAUACUGCCUCGAAGAUGAGAGCGACGCUGCCUCUCGCAAAGUCUUGAUGGCCGGUAAACACCGCAGUCGCCCUCACUGGGGCGUUCAGUACCACCCGGAGUCCAUCUGCUCCGAAAGCGGUCGCGAGUUGGUUGCAAACUUCUACGCCUUAGCACAGGAGUGGAAUACGGCUAAUGGCCGUGAGUUGGUCAAUGAGACUGCCAAGUUGGCGGCCUUUUCCGCAAUUCUCUUCCAGCCAAAACCGCUCAUUGAGAGCUUUGAGACGGGAGAAAAGAGCAUUAAGGUGCGCGAGUUUUCGCUUCCACGUUCGCCAAUUGAGACGUGUGAGGCGUUCCAAGGGAAAAACCAGGACUUUAUCUUGCUCAAUUCGGCGUUAGCGCCGGGCAGUUGGUCGAUUGUGGGGCUUCCGGAGAGGGGGGAAUCGCCGGUAAUCACCCACUCAACGGAGGCAAAGAAUGUGGUGCAGGUUUCCAAGUGGGGAGCCGAGGGUUCAUCCGCAUACGAGUGCAACUCCAUCUUCGAAUACAUUGCCUCCUUCAUGGAGGAUAAGUUUGUGCCCAAUACGGCCACCACCAACCCUCACCAUCUUCCCUUCCUCGGUGGCUUGAUGGGUGUGUUUCUGUACGAAGAGGGCCAGUUCAUGGCCUUUGAAAAAUUGGAAAAGACUACCAGGGGCCCUAUCCCUGACACCAAGUUGGUCUUUGUCGAGCGCACCGUUCUACACAACGUGGAGUCUGGGAAGUACUACAUUGUUUCGAUCAAAGAAGAUGACCGGGAGUGGAUGGAGGAGACGGUCCAGUGGUUACAAAGCGAGGCGUUCGGCGAGUCUGCUAAAUCUCCUGGUGGCAGUUCUGGGGCCGUAAACGGUUCUGUCUCCUCGCUCUGCCCCAACGGCCCCUCUGAUAUCACCAUCUCCACCCCCGACAAAUCGGAAUACCUCUCAGCCUUUGCCAAAUGCCAGUCGUAUCUCCAUUCUGGUGACUCAUAUGAGCUCUGCCUCACCACUCCCACCACGAUCCGCCUUCCAAAGUCUGUCUCACCGUGGGAUAUCUACAAGGUGCUCACCCGCAAAAAUCCCUCGCCAUACUCCUGCUUCAUGAACUUCCCGGAUUGUACGCUCAUUCUGUCGUCUCCGGAGCGUUUUGUUUCGUGGCAGCACAACGACAAGGUGCAGCUCAGACCAAUUAAGGGGACAGUCAAGAAGACGGCAGAAAUGGAUACCGUGGAAAAGGCAUCCACCAUCCUCUAUACCCCCAAGGAGAUCGGAGAAAACCUCAUGAUCGUGGACUUGAUCAGACACGACUUGUUCGGAAUGUUGGCCCAGGUGGACGUCACCAAGUUGAUGCAGAUCGAGGAGUACCAGACAGUAUUCCAGCUUGUCAGUGUGAUUGAGGGAAAGCUUUCUGGGGGUGUUUAUAGAGGGAUCGACGUUCUUGCGAACUCGCUUCCGCCCGGCUCGAUGACGGGAGCGCCGAAGAAGCGUUCGGUAGAGCUUCUCCAUUUAAUCGAGCGCCAGAAGCGCCGCGGGCUCUACUCUGGCGUGUGUGGGUACUGGUCCGUGACCGACGAUGGUGACUGGUCCGUGGUGAUCCGGUCUGUGUUCAAUUAUGCAGACGAUCUUGCGGAUGACGGAGAAACCCGGACAUGGCGGAUCGGUGCGGGUGGUGCCAUCACCGUGUUGAGCACCGCCGAAGGCGAGUGGGAAGAGAUGGAGAUUAAGCUUGCAAGUGCGUUGCAGGCUUUUACAUAGGGAUGAGGUGGAGCCUCAGAUUGUACAUAGCAUAAGUAAAACUUAAUACGAAA